UUGUAAAUCGCAUGUAUUAUAAUUCUUGUAAAUAAUACAUUAUAUUUUAUGAAUUUCCUAGUAACGGUAAAUAACUACCAAGACAUUCUUAGAUAAGUAUGAAUGAAGUAGAAGUAUGGGAAGAUCUCUCAAAUAUAUCGGCAGAACCACCUGUAAUGCGAGCACUGUGCGAAAAGUGCGAGAGACCAUCAAUAGUGUGCUGGUGUUCAGCUUUACCCUCCGAAAGGCUUCAGCCAAAAAGUAGAAUCAUCUUGCUACAGCAUCCAGCUGAAGAGAAGCGAUGUCUACGCACAGCUCCCAUGCUACAGCUAGGCUUAGCCGAGAACAAGUGCCUUAUUUACAAGGGGAAGAAGUUUCCCCUACCUAAACAUGAAAACUUAGAAAAUAUUUUAUUAGAACCUAACACAGUGUUGUUGUAUCCAAGUAAAACUGCCGUAGACAUAAGACAACUAGAUAAGAAUGAUGAUGCCUAUAACAUUGUGCUCAUUGAUGGAACAUGGCCACAAGCUAAAGCUAUUUAUGCAUCGAGUCCUAUUUUAAGUAAAAUAAAGCAAGUAAAAUUAUUAACGAGCACAACAAGCAACUAUAUUAUAAGAACCCAGCCAACGGAGGGAUGUUUGAGUACAUUGGAAACAGCCGCUGAAGCACUUUCACAAUUGGAAAAUAAUUCAAUCUAUACGGACCUCUUAAUCCAGCCUUUACAUGUUUUGUGCAAAUUCCAACUUGAUAAUGGAGCUGUAACACAUCAAUCUAAAGAGUUUUUAAUAAAAUCCAAUAUGUAUCCAAAAUUAAUAGGAAAACGAUUGUCCAAAUUAUUGAAGUCUUCCAAUGAAUAUGUUAUGUAGGAUACCUGAAAUCUGAAAAAGUAAAACAUUUUAAAAUAU